AUGCCGCCCCCCCUCCCCUCCCACCACCGCGGCAUGACCGCCAACCCCCAACGACCAAGCCGCUACCGCCCCGGCAAAGCGAUCGCCGAAGAGCCUUCCUCCUCGGACGAGGAUGAUGAAGACAAGGAGGUACAACAACAACAGAAAGAGCAGGAAGAGCGCCGUCGUCGCGAGGAACAGCGCCGGCGAGCGGCGUUAGCCAAACCGCCACCCAAGGCUAGUUCUUUUCCCGCUGGGGCGGUCGCGGCGGCUACGUCUGGGGUGAAGGGGGUGAGGUUUGAGGAAGCGGAGGAGGAUGAGGAGGGGUUUGUUACGGAGGAGGAGGAGGAGGAGGAGGAGGAUGAGGAUGAUACGGAGGAAAAGGUGGGGGGCUCUGUUGCUGGCGAUGGAGCUGCUGUUAAAACAUCCACUGCUGUUGAGGAAGAAUCAGAGUCUGAAGAGGAAUCAGAGGAGGAAAGUUCGGAAGAGGAAAGCUCAGAAGAGGAAACCCCCCGCCGCAUCCUGCUGCGACCGACAUUCAUCAAAAAGAACCAGCGCACCGCCGCCGCGACCACCGACCCCAAAGCACCACCCGAUCACACCGCAAACUCGGCCGCGGACGCGGAGGCCCGCCACGCCCAGCGCCAGGAGAAAGCCGACGCGCUCGUGCGCGAGCAACUCGAGAAGGAGGCGAUCGCGCGCAGCGCCGCGAACCGGGCGUGGGACGACGACGAGCUAGAGGUCGCGGAGGAAGAAGCGAUCGACGACACGGACGGCAAAGACCCGGAGGCCGAGUACGCGGCGUGGAAGCUGCGUGAGCUGAAGCGCGUGAAGCGCGAGCGCGAGGCGAUCGAGGCCGCCGAGAAGGAGCGCGAGGAGAUCGAGCGGCGCCGCGAGCUGACGACCGAGGAGCGCGAGCGCGAGGACCGCGCGUUCCUGACCAAACAGAAGGAGGAGAAGGAGGCAUCGCGCGGCCAGACCGGCUACAUGCAGCGCUACUUCCACAAGGGCGCGUUCUUCCGCGACGACGUCGAGCGCGAGGGGCUCGAUCAGCGCAAUGCCAUGGGCGCGCGGUUUGUCGACGACGUCGCGCGCGAAACCUUGCCGGAGUACAUGCAGAUCCGCGAUAUGACGAAGCUGGGCAAGAAGGGGCGCACCCGGUACAAGGAUCUGCGGUCGGAGGAUACGGGGCGGUUUGGGGAUGGGGUGAGUAACCGGUUCGGUGGGGGCCGGCGGAGGGACGAUGCGCCGCUCGGGGUCACGGAUGAGAGGUUCAUGCCGGACGAGCGGCCGCGGGGUCCUACGGGGGCCAAUGCCUCGGUGGUGCGCGAGAGGCGGAGAUCCCGGUCGAGGUCAUACUCUCCUCGCAGGGACCGGUAUGGGGAUCGGGGGGAGCGGCGACGGAGUCGCGAUCGCUCGACAGACCGCUACAGACCCGAUGGAGGCAGUCGCAGGAAGCGCAGUCCCUCGCCCUAUGAUGAUCGAGAUAAACGGAGACGAAUGGAGGAUGCGCGAUCGGACUAG